AGGCCGAACCAAGGCUCUCCCCCCGGCGACGCGAACUGCGGUUCCCGCCCCGCGAGCGAGGCCUGCAGCCGCUUGCCCGGUCUUUCCCCCUGCCGUGCCGUGUUGUGGCGCCGAGCCCGCGUGCCGCAGCUGGUUUUGCCUCCCGCGUUUCCGCCGUACUCAGUUGAGUCGAGCCGCGACCGCAACCUUUCCGUCACCACCGCAAGUUGUCUCCUACUCCUCGAAGAAGCGGACGGGAGAUCCCGGUGGGAGAGCAGUACGCCCCCCCGGCCGGUCGCGGCACCGUCGCAUCAAGGGGCGCGUUGUGCGGUUCGAUGCCGAUGUGUGGGGAGUGAGCAGCGGCGGCAGCAGCCAUCUCGGUCGGCUCGUCUCCCGUCGGUGUCGGGAGGAAGGCAGCGGGAAGUCUUUUGACCGCUGCAUUGGCGUCGGUGGCAGUGACGCCCGUGCCGAGGCGACCACACGGCGGUUUCCGCCGCACGCAGCGGACAGCGGGGCUCUACGGCGGUUCCGGUGGCGACACGGAGCCCGGUGUCAGGCUUAACUUCGCAUGGAGGCGUCCGUCUCAUCCCGUCGGCGCCUUGCCUGACUGAACAGGAAGUGAGCAAGCAACCGCAUACUUCAUGUGUUGGUGGAACCGCAACAUUUGCUGUCGGUGCCCGGAGGGCCUGACAUGUAUGCUGGUCCUUGCCAUUUUUGCUUCCGUCCUAGGAAUGUUCCAAUUUGGCUAUAAUCUAGGUGUAAUCAAUGCCCCCCAAAAGGUGAUAGAGGGCUUCAUUUCAUCGGUCUACUUGGAAAGGACGGGCCAUGAAAUAACGAAGAACUUCAAGGACUGGUUGUGGGCAAUCACAGUGGCUGUCUUUGCCAUUGGCGGCAUGGUGGGAGGCAUUUCAGGUGGCAUGAUAGCCAACCGUUUUGGAAGGAAAGGAGGAAUGCUCAUCAACAAUAUUCUGGGCAUUCUUGGGGGCUCAAUGAUGGGUUUCAGCCAUGCCUCCAGAAGCAUAGAAUUGCUCAUUUUUGGUCGCCUUAUCAUCGGAAUCAAUUGCGGUCUGAACACUGCUCUAGUGCCAAUGUACCUGCUGGAGAUUUCUCCCGUGCCGCUUAGAGGUGGCCUCGGCACAGUGAGCCAGGUUGGAGUUACAGUGGGGAUGCUGCUUUCUCAAAUUCUAGGUAUAGAGGUCAUUUUAGGUACCGAAGAAGGGUGGCCCUAUCUGUUAGCAAUAGCUGUAAUCCCAGCGGUGCUACAGCUGGUCCUGCUGCCCUUCUGUCCAGAGAGUCCACGAUAUUUGCUCAUUUCAAAGCAGCAGGAGUCAUUAGCAAGAGAAGCCUUACAGAAGCUUCGAUGCUCAAGUUUGGUCGAAGAUGACAUUGAAGAGAUGAAAACGGAGGAGCAGGCUCAGCAGCAAGAGGCAAAGGUUACCAUGUUACAGGUCAUAUCGACCAGAUCACUACAGCUCCCUCUUCUCAUUGGAAUCUUUAUGCAUCUGUCGCAGCAGCUGUCUGGUAUAAUUGCCGUGUUCUACUACUCUGUGCGGCUGUUUGAGGCCGCGGGGCUUCCUCCGAGCACGGCCAAGUUUGCCACCAUCGGCGUCGGGGUGGUGAUGGUGGUGAUGACGCUGGUGUCCAUCCCACUGAUGGACCGGGCUGGCAGGCGCACCCUCCACCUCUAUGGCCUUGGGGGCAUGUUCAUCUUCAGCAUAUUCAUCACCAUCUCCUUGCUGGUCAAGUUCUUGUACCAGUGGAUCACAUACAUGAGUGUGGUCAGCACACUGUGCUUCGUAGUCUUCUUUGCAAUUGGGCCAGGCACGAUCCCUUGGAUGCUGAUGGCCGAGCUGUUCUCGCAAGGCCCCCGGCCUGCCGCCAUGAGCAUAGGCGUCCUCGUCAACUGGUCAGCCAACUUCAUUGUGAGCCUCGUCUUCCCGCCCAUGCAGGAGGCUCUUGGAAAUUACACAUUCCUUCCAUUCACUUUGCUGCUGGGCUUCUUCUGGACCUUCACGUACAAGAAGGUGCCAGAGACCAAGAACAGAACCUUUGAGGAGAUCUCCGCCCUCUUCAGGAGGGACGACGUGACCAACCUCAAUGGGCUUGCCACCCAACGCAACUCUUUAGCGCCCGGGCAGGACGUUAUGUUUGAAGAGAAGCCAGAGUCUUGUUAUCUUCACCAGCACCACCACCACCAUCACUGUCACUAUGGAAAAUUUCACAAUAGAAAGAAACUUGAACUCAAUCACCUAGAAGACCAGCUGUAGCAACAAGCUUAGAAAAAAUCUAAUGUUUUACUGAGGGCAGCAAGAUCAGUCUGCUCACUCCCGAGUGCAAUCUUUCUACACGGUUAGCCUGGGCACCACAAGGUCCCAUCAGCACCUAAGGUGGUUUCACAUGGUGCGGCCAUCGUCGGGCGUCCACAGCUGUGGUGCCGCGGCAAGAACAGAAGCUGGAAAGCUUUGUUGUGAUGCCAAUAGCCCCCGCUCAUAUCAUUCCUCCAGAGCGGGAGUCUAAGAACAACAGCCACCCUUCUUCCUUCACCGUGGACUCUUGAGGGCCAAAGCAGAACAACAGCAUCAACGACCGGAAAAAAGAACAAGCUAUGCAUUCUCCCCCAUUCCCUGAGAACUCGGUCGCCGGGGCUGGAGACUGUUUGUCGCCUGGCGUCGCUCUUCACGGCCGUUUCGUUUGUCUCGUCUCGGACAGCCGGUUAUGCCCAGCAGAGUUUUGCCAGGUGGAUGACUACUGCUAUUACUACAACUACUACUACUACUCCCCUGGAUGGUUAUGCAGGACGACGUUUAUAUUGUAUAUUGUGCCUUCAGUUUGAGUUUGUGACUCCUCGUUAUGUUGAACUGCCAGCAAAAACGGAUAGUGGGCGGUGCGCAGUGACGUGUUUCUUCUUGCCGACGUGGGCGACGCAUACAUUAUGCCUCAAGGAUAAUGCGUGCAAGAGGAUUCAUUAGCGUUACUAUGGUAGUCAGAAAAAGGAUAACAAAGGUGUCGAAGUGAGGGUAGUUGCCUAGUUUACUAUCUGUAAAAAAGAAAAAGACAUCAUGCUCAAACAUGUAAAAAGUAUGUAUAAAUGCGAGUGUGUUAAAAGGAUAUAUAUAUAUAUAUUAUAUGAGCUGGUAUACAGAUAUACUGUGUAUACUUGCACGUGAAGCAGAAAAGUAUCACGCCCCCCCCCCCCCCCCCCCCCCCCCCAACAGCAACCAAGUUAUUUUUGGUUUGGCUGUGUGGGCCCGGUUUAUUGAUUUUGAGAAAUGACAAAUCUUAUCACCUUUGUUUAUGCUUUGAUGCUUAGUUUCUUCUUGUUUCAUGCGUAAAGGCUUAUGGAAAUGCAGAAGUGACAUUGAAUUUUGUCUUCCAAUUCGCUGGUGUCUAGAGUUGCAAGGUGACCAAGUGCAUCCAAAACUUGAAGGUUUGUUGAGCAUUAGGAUGUUGUAUAUGUGUGUGUGCCUGCCUGAAUGUAUGAGAACCUGCAUUUUAUCUUCUGUUGUUAUCUCUUAAAUGCUCAGAUAUUUCCUUGUUUCUUGACAAACAGAAGGAAUACAAAUAAUUUGAGACUGGCAGGCAAAAAAUGCACAUUGACACCCCUCAUUUAUGUACUGCAACCUUAGGAGAAACUGCUCAUUGGCAAUUUCAAUUCUUAGGCUCUUUGGAACAGUGUCAUAUUUAUCUGCAAGUGAGAUGAUUGGCUACAAACCAGGGUGAAUUAGAAAUUGAGCUCAUGCUACUUUCAUUUCAAAUCUCAGUCACACCAGUUGAACAGGGGCGCCAGCCAGAUUAAUUACUAGAUAAAUGACUGCUGGCAAGUUACACCUCAGCCAAUCAUUGCAUUGCAAAAACAAAACAUAGAACUUUGAAACUUGCUUUGUUCCUCUAUCUUGUGGGCUGCUUUUAGGACAUCUUGUUGUCAAUGCACUCUGCUGAAUCUGACAAAAUAAUCUUUGCCUUUUUUUUCUCAGCUUAGUAUAUUGCAGUUUGAAAAGAGGCAAUGAGUGAGGCCUAUUAAAGCAGUCAUCUUGCAUACAGUUAACUAUGGCACUUGGUCUCUCUUGACCAUUGUUUCCUUCUAGCCACAGGGUACUUGAAUAAUGUUUACGCUGGGCAGCUCUUCUUGAUGCUGAUUCAGGACAGUCUUCUUAAAACUGCUUCAUCAUGGUUGGCAGAUUUGCUAAGCCAUCUUAGCUGUAGGAACAACUGCUCACAAUAGUAGGUCUGUAGACUACAAAUGUUACCUAGCUUUGAGGUUGGUGUUAGACAGCCACAACUUUGAAAAAAAAAAGCCGCAAAACAUUUUGGAAUUUUUUUAUAUUAUAAUUGUUUAAAACUUUCUUUCCUGAGGUAUAAGGAUGUGUGGUGUUACUGCUUCGAUUGCACGCCCAUAUUAAAGCAAUAAGAAGUUUUAAAGUAACUAUCCAAAAUGGGCAACUGGAAGGCCUUGAGUGGGCUAAUUUGUCAUUGCGCUUUCACUCUGCAUUCCAAACUCAUGGUCUUUUAGUGAAGAAGUUACUUUCUGAUCUAUUGGCAAAAAGUUCAGUUGCAUUUCCAACAUUAUUUAGAAUAUAAAACCAAACACAUACUUUUUUUAAUUUUUUUUAUGGAAGUUCUUAUGAAAUAUGUAUGUUUAGUUCAUCAGGCUGAUUAUUGGCAUGAUGAAAAAAUGACGAAACAAAAAGUGAGAUUAGCUCUCCACACUUGUAUGACUUUACAGAAAGAACAAAAAAACGAAUAAAAAAAAAAGCUUGAAGCCAGGAUGUGCAAGGGCGAAUCAAAGGUCUGUUGUGUAAACCAACCUUCUCGCGAAGGCAGAUUUGAUGAAACAAAGGGGUGGGGAAAAACUCGUGCUUUCUUAAUCAUAUGGUGCACGUAAGUUUUAUACAUAUACUACCCAUUUUGAGAAGUCGUUUAUAGAGCCGUCAUGAAACACGGAAGUUAAGAAAAACGAAUGGAACAUAAUUGCUGCUGCUGCUUAAAUAUAUACUGAUACUCAAUUUUUGUCACAGUUACAAGCCUGGCGCACUACAUUUCGAAACAUAUUUUUCAAAACUGACGAGAAAAUAAAGAACUCGUGUGCGAAAGAAAAAAAAAAGCGACCGAAAAUUGCACGAAAUUUAGAACACCGGAAAAUAGUUCCACACAGUUUCUUGGAAAAAGAAGAACAAAAAGCUAGCCAUGUGUAGCCAUUAUUCAGAAAUCAGAAAGGUGCGUUUAUCUCAACCACAUUUGCAAUUUACGUGCAGUAACAGCACUUUUUUUUUCUUUCUUUUUUUUUUUUUUUAAUAAUGUGUAAGACGAGUUUUUGCAUCUUCCAAGUUCGAUGCGAUUUCGGGUCGGUUUCUCGCACAUCUGAUCCAACUUUUAAUUGUUAUUUGUUUCCAGUCAACAAAGCUGUAAUGAGUUAAUUUUAUUUACUGCUACGAUUAUUUUUAUUGCAGUUCUACACAAAAAGCACAGAUAUGAAUGCUCAGGAUUUUGCUUCCCAACAGCUUCAGGAACAAGCUUUUUGUACUUCUGUAGGUAGACAUUAAAUGAUCCAAGAUGAGCCAUAACCUAGACGUGAUAGAAUUUUGUAUCCCAGUUUUGGUGAUUGUGUUGUAAAAACCAAAUGCUAUUCGUUUCUGUUUUCCUUUUCCAAGUUAAUGUGGUUUUUCGCGCUACAAGCGGUUAUUUGGUUCCAAAUAGAGACGCAUCGCAGAUGGUCAAAAUGUGGGAUUCAUCUGCGAAAAAAAAUGUACAAAUACCCAUCUGUUUCCUUGACAUAGUACCUCUUGUCAAAAACAUUGAUUUCAGAUGCUUUUUUAGCCAUUGUGUCCCGUCUCUCUAAAGGGGAAAAACAUUUUUUUAGACUAAGCCUUUUUGAAUUCCUGUCCUGCAUUUAGUAUUUGCCAUUUGAUGAAAGGAAAAAAAAGAUAUGGCCGUAGAUGAGGAAGACAACAAAAUGCACGAUGAAAGAGUACCCCUGUAGUCUUUUUUUGAUGUUCGCGGCCUACCUGGCAUUUACAAACUUUUAAAUUACUGCCCUAAACUUAACAUUCCCGUCGCACCACCCGGUGGGAAUUCUGUAUAGUUGUAGUGCCAAUGUGUUUUGUAUUCACGAGAAUAGGUGCUUUUCUCUGUUAAACUUUGUUGGGUUUGAUUUUAACGCGAUUUUACCAGCAGACGACCCAAUGAUGCGAUUACGAAGAAUUCCAGCAUUGCGUUAUAAAGAGUACAUUAUGAGAGAGCAUUGAUUGCUUCAGGAGGCGUGAGUGAUUUGCCUCUCUGUUGAAUACGCUUCUCUGCGUCUGUUGUCGCGAUCAGACACGGUGACCGUUGCGCUACUUGAUUGUUUUAGGACGCGUGCUUAGUCUCUUGUGUUGGGUGUUUUGAUAAUGUUACCGAGAAAGGUUUCAUGUGUAAAUAAUGUAUGCUACGCAUUAAAAUAUUAUUAGUUUGA